CGCAAUGUCCCUGCUCUUCUCUCGAUGCAACUCCAUCGUCACGGUCAAGAAGGAUAAGAGACACAUGGCUGAAGUGAAUGCUUCCCCACUCAAGCACUUUGUCACUGCCAAAAAGAAGAUCAACGGCAUCUUUGAACAGCUAGGGGCUUAUAUCCAGGAGAGUGCCACCUUCCUCGAAGACACCUACAGGAAUGCAGAACUGGACCCGGUUGCAACAGAAGAGCAGGUUCUGGAUGUCAAGGGGUGCCUCUCCAGAGUGAGGGGCAUCAGCGAGGUGCUGGCCCGGCGUCACAUGAAAGUGGCUUUUUUUGGCCGGACGAGCAAUGGGAAGAGCACUGUGAUCAACGCCAUGCUCUGGGACAAAGUUCUGCCCUCCGGGAUCGGCCACACCACCAAUUGCUUCCUGCGGGUGGGAGGCACAGAUGGUCAUGAGGCCUUCCUCCUUACUGAGGGCUCAGAGGAGAAAAGGAGCAUCAAGACUGUGAACCAGCUGGCCCAUGCCCUCCACCAGGACGAGCAGCUGCAUGCCGGCAGCCUGGUGAGUGUAAUGUGGCCCAACUCUAAGUGCCCUCUUCUGAAGGAUGACCUCGUGCUGAUGGACAGCCCUGGAAUUGAUGUAACCACUGAGCUGGACAGCUGGAUUGACAAGUUUUGCCUGGAUGCUGAUGUGUUUGUGCUGGUGGCUAACUCAGAGUCAACGCUGAUGCAGACGGAGAAGCAGUUCUUUCACAAGGUGAGUGAGCGUCUCUCCCGCCCAAACAUCUUCAUCCUGAACAACCGCUGGGAUGCGUCUGCCUCGGAGCCUGAGUACAUGGAGGAGGUGCGGCGGCAGCACAUGGAGCGCUGCACUAGCUUCCUGGUGGACGAGCUGGGUGUGGUGGACCGAGCCCAGGCUGGGGACCGCAUCUUCUUUGUAUCUGCCAAGGAGGUGCUCAAUGCCAGGAUCCAGAAAGCCCAGGGCAUGCCGGAAGGAGGGGGUGCUCUUGCAGAAGGCUUUCAAGUGAGGAUGUUUGAGUUUCAAAAUUUCGAGAGGAGAUUUGAGGAAUGCAUCUCCCAGUCUGCAGUGAAGACCAAAUUUGAGCAGCACACGGUUAGGGCCAAGCAGAUUGCAGAGGCUGUUCGUUUCAUCAUGGACUCCCUGCACAUCGCGGCUCAGGAGCAGCGGGUUUACUGCCUGGACAUGCGUGAAGAGCGGCAAGAUCGGCUGAGAUUUAUUGACAAACAGCUGGAGCUUUUGGCUCAAGAUUAUAAACUGCGAAUUAAGCAGAUUACGGAGGAAGUGGAAAGGCAGGUGUCUACUGCGAUGGCCGAAGAGAUCAGGCGCCUCUCUGUGCUGGUUGAUGAGUACCAGAUGGACUUCCACCCCUCUCCAGUAGUCCUCAAGGUUUAUAAGAAUGAACUGCACCGCCACAUAGAGGAAGGACUGGGCCGAAACAUGUCCGACCGCUGCUCCACGACCAUCACCAGCUCGCUGCAGACCAUGCAGCAGGACAUGAUAGAUGGCUUGAAGCCCCUCCUUCCUGUGUCUGUGCGGAAUCAGAUAGACAUGUUGGUCCCUCGCCAGUGCUUCUCCCUCAGCUAUGACCUGAACUGUGACAAGCUGUGUGCUGACUUUCAGGAGGACAUCGAGUUCCAUUUUUCUCUUGGAUGGACUAUGCUGGUGAAUAGGUUCCUGGGUCCCAAGAACAGCCGUCGGGCUUUGAUGGGCUAUAAUGACCAGGUUCAGCGUCCUGUCCCUCUGACACCUGCCAACCCCAGCAUGCCCCCCUUGCCACAGGGCUCGCUCACCCAGGAGGAGCUCAUGGUUUCCAUGGUUACAGGCCUGGCCUCUCUCACAUCCAGGACAUCGAUGGGUAUUCUCGUGGUUGGAGGAGUGGUGUGGAAGGCAGUUGGCUGGCGGCUAAUUGCCCUCUCCUUUGGGCUGUAUGGCCUCCUCUAUGUCUACGAGCGUCUGACCUGGACCACCAAGGCUAAGGAGAGGGCCUUCAAGCGCCAGUUUGUAGAGUAUGCCAGUGAGAAGCUUCAGCUCAUCAUCAGCUACACAGGCUCCAACUGCAGCCACCAAGUCCAGCAGGAACUGUCUGGGACCUUUGCUCAUCUAUGCCAGCAAGUUGAUGUCACCCGGGAGAACCUGGAGCAGGAAAUUGCCGCCAUGAACAAGAAAAUUGAGAUUCUUGAUUCACUUCAGAGCAAAGCAAAAUUGCUCAGGAAUAAAGCUGGAUGGUUGGACAGCGAACUCAACAUGUUCACACACCAGUACCUGCAGCCCAGCAGAUAAUGGGCAGCUAGGGCGAGGCCUGCAUGGAAAGGGGGUGAGGCUGCCCACGCUUGGCGCAUGUGGGCCCCAGGGCACAUGGCUCUGGUCCCUGGCCACCUGGGAGAGAAUGAAAGCAACCACUCUCUCUUACCGUUUCGAGCCCUUCAGCAUCAGUUACCCUGUCCCUGACCUGCUGUUGCAGGAAGACCCUCUGGCUCAUACCCCAAAAGAGAUUUUAACAACAGGAAGACAACAUAGUACCAAGGAGUCGUGACAAAGCUCUUCUCUGCUUUAUUAGUUUCACUCGAUUGAAGAUCGGGUCUGCUUGAUAAGAUUUCAGAUGUCAGCCUUGCAAAGGACUGGUUGAAACCUUCACGGUAUCAGGCACACACUCCCACCUUCUCCACCUGUGCGCAUCUUCCCUCCUUAUCCCCCAGCACAGCUGCAGAGAGAGGCCACAUUGGGGGGGGUGACUGGAUUUCCUUCCUAGAAGCAUCUGAAAUAGUUCCAGAAAGGCCAAAGCUGUCCCACAGGGACUUGUGGCUGGUGUUGCAUGGUCCUCAGCUUCAGCACUUUGUCUCAAUUGUGGAGUCUUUGGGCUGUGUCUUGGUGGCCAGGCUUGGCAUCUUUGAACUGAGGCAGUCCAUGCAUGAGGGGGUGGGACUGCUCAGCGUCAGCCAGAUUAGUGGGAGGAGCUCAGGAGAGGGGUGUGUGGAUUGGGGUGUCAGAGCAGGUGGUGCUGUCAGAGUGGGGGGCUGUCACCAUGAUGAGGAAGGACUUGCCUGCAUCUUGCCACUGCGUCCCUUGUAGUUUCAGUCUUUGGCCUGCAUAGUCCUGGAUUAUUGUUGGUAAGAGCUGCUUUGGUUCAGGUGGUUAAAGGAUGUAGAAGGAAGGAUGGCAGAAGGUGGGAGUCUUGACAUCAGACUGGGGGAGGGAGCCCCACCCAAGAUGGCUAGAGAAUGUAGUUGGUACAGAAGAGACCCUCCAUUUGGCCUUGUUCUAGGGGUUUGUGGGCCUGAGAGCCCCCACCCCUCCAGUUGAUUGCAUCCUCUGCCUUGCCUCAAGCUACCCUUAGUCACCAGUUUUCUGUACUGUUCUCUGUACCAGUGACUGCACUUGACUACCAGAGAGCUUGGGAAACCCAACACCCAUUCUCCCACCCUCCCUGGCUCCCAGAGCCUCCCCUGACACAAUUGGGCUGAUGUUGACUUUGAGAAAUGUUUCCUGUUGUUGAGUUUGGGGAUUGCUGCUGGUCAAAGUGGGGAAAGUUGCUGUCACCAAAGUGUUCACUGUGGGAAAAGCAGCGUCUGGUUGACAAAGCCUUUGUAGAACAGGUCAGAGAGCAUUCUAGAGACAGUGAUUCUUUUCAGAAAGAGGCCCAUGGGCAGGGGCUCAGCAGAGGGAGAGUUUAGCCAACUGUUCCAUGUCUGGGGGAAGCAAAGUGGGGGAGGGGGGAUCACAUGGGCACUGUCUUCACUGCAUAUUUGCUUGUCCUUCAGACCUUCAUUCUACCCUGUUGUAUGAGACAGUGAUAGACUUGGCCAAGGUCACCAUGUAGUGGAAGGAUGUUUGAGCAGAUUGCCGGCUCUGGAUGGAUGGGGGUCACCUCACAGCGUGUCAGGAAAAAUCAAUGUCACACAAUCCCAAUGAAUUUUUAUGUUCUUUUUGAAACAAAAAAUUAUUUAGGAACAAAAAUGAAUUUUUUUUUCAGUGUAGCCCCUGGGGAAUGAAUGAAAUUUUGAGCUUCUUUAUAUAAGGAAAAUUAAGUUUGUACCACCACCAUGGGAGAAAAAGAAGUGUGGCUCAAAGCACUUUCAUUUAAUGCUGCUGACUUUUCUGUUUUCUGUUCAUUUGCUGGAGCGCAGACAUGCUUGACAGUGAGUUUUCCUCCGAUGUAUUUAAGGUGAUGUACGCCUAAACUACUCCUGUAUCAUUGCUGAUAAUAUUGGAAACUAAAAUAAAACCCAGUUGGAACCCUG